AUGAAAUUUCAAGAAAUUAAAAGAGGGAUAUCAAUCCCCCGCCUCUCCCAUUUCCUCCUACUCUUCCUCUUCGCAUUCAAUUCCCUAGUUAACACAGCCUACGACAUCAACGACGGCGAAAAAGACUACGCAAAAGAAGGUGACACGGCCCUAGGCAUCAAGCUUGACCUCAACUUCGCAAGGACCUGGCCAAACGUGGAUCCAAAGGACUCAACGGUCAUCCGAAACUGGGUCUUCAGCAGCCAUCUCAAGUUCAAGGGACUGGUCAACGAUGAAACGAACGGUAUUGAGGAUGAGCAGCUUUGGCAAAUUGCACUCACGGGAUACAAUGAGAUGCAAGCAAAUCAGGAAGCCUACGGGAUUCCUAAGAGGCAGAGAAGCAAAGCUAUGACGGUCCUUGCAUUCGAUCACGAACUCAUACUCGCGUCGUCGCAGAAAGGCGAGUCGUUCUCGUAUUAUUAUACGGAUACUCCUGUUGCUAAGGCUCUGGAGCGGUGUCAGGUUACUCGGCGGAGGGAUUUUGGGAAAGAGUCAAUCCAUAAAAAUGAGGGCAAGUGUGGUGAGGAAAUGGCGGCUCAUUUGUACUACUUGGUGCAUCCGGGCAAGUCUUUAAGUUCCCAAAAGCCAAGGGUUGCUACUAUUGUGGGAGGUAAAAGGACUGAUCCUUGUACGGAUAAUAAAGGAGAGAAAUUCGGAUGCAGCACAUUUGUUCAGGAGUACGGCAUUGAAGUCGUAGAUGCCAACAAAGAGUUUAAAGAGUUCAGUCUGAGUGAGAUUGCGGGUGGCAUAGAGAAGAGGAGCCAGAUCCAGUUAUGCUACUCUCCUGAUACGAGCAGCAACAGCAAGAAAUAA